CUGUGUGAACUAGAGGAAGAGGAGGGGGGACAGCACAGCAGAGGAGAGAAAAGAAGACACCACCCAACUCUGUCGGGAAGGGGAGGUGGUGCGCGCAGAGGAGGCUGAGGAGGAGAGCAGCACCACGGACAGCUCCCUGUACCAGCGGCAGCGGCGGCGGCGCGGACUUUCUGCUCUGAAAGAAAAAAAAAGAACACAUGGAUUUUGAUUUUUAUACAAUUUAAGAAGAGCAAAGAACAUCUAUUUUUAUGACUGUAAAGACAGAACACAGAAUCAGCAGCGAAGUUUCUCAUCACUCCAAGGCGUUUUCUCUCCCCCCUGUUUGGACUAUAUCCUAAAAAUAAGUUGAUCUACUUUCUUCGUAUGGAAAGCUUUUUUCUUUGUUUGGAAAUACUACCAGGAACAAAAAAAUAUAUAUACGCAUGCAAGGCAAGUUUUCUUCACUCAAUGCAUUAAGGUUUCUUUCAGCGUACAUAUAAUGCUGUUUUCCCCAGAGGCAGUCUACUGCCUACAGCCACUAAUGUGAGCCUCUAAUUCAGUUUUCCACUCUCGCAGCACUGAUUCUUUUCCUCCACCAAAGUCACCCACGAGGCGAGCUGCAUGCCCAGCAACGGAUAAAUAAACAUACACUAGUGGGUUUUAAUGUUACCGAAUUAAUGUCGAUGGAGGGGAAACGUAAAAGGGGAUGGUUCUGAGAUGAAGUUGGCGACUCUGUCACCAAAUACAGGAGGACGCACCUUUUGACAGCCUUUAUUUCUAUUUUUUCAUUAUAUUGAGAGCUCCUGCAGGGAGACGAAAAGAAUGGCGCUGAGUGGAAACUGCAGAACUAUUCCCAAAGACCUGCAGGCUUCAGUUCAGAACAGUUUCCCAGAUGUUGUUGAGUUAAACGUAGGAGGGCAGGUUUAUUACACCCGCCACUCAACUUUGGUGGGGACCCCGAAUUCGUUGCUCGGUAAGCUGUUCUCCUCCAAAAAAGACGCAUCUAACGAUUUGGCGAGAGACCCCAAGGGCCGGUUCUUCAUCGAUAGGGACGGGUUUUUAUUCCGAUAUGUUCUGGACUACCUCCGGGACAAGCAAGUCGUCCUCCCGGACCACUUCCCCGAGAAAGGGAGGCUCCGGAAAGAGGCAGAAUACUUCCAGCUGCCCGACCUGGUGAAGCUUUUGACCCCAGAAGACAUCAAGCACAGUCCGGACGACUUCUUUCACAGCGACCACGAAGAUGGCUCUCAGGGUAGCGACCACCGACAGUGCCCUCCGCCCUCUCUGGUCCCCGCGGACAGGAAGAGCGGUUUCAUCACGGUGGGAUACCGGGGGUCGUGCACCAUGGGCCGGGAGAGCCAGAGCGACGCCAAGUUCAGGAGAGUACCUCGGAUACUGAUCUGCGGCAGGGUGGCUCUGGCUAAAGAGGUGUUCGGGGAGACUCUAAACGAGAGCCGGGAUCCGGACAGGACCCCGGAGCGAUACACCUCCCGGUUUUAUCUCAAGUUCAAGCAUCUGGAGAGAGCGUUUGAUAUGUUGUCGGAGUGCGGUUUCCAAAUGGUGGCCUGCAACUCCUCAGUCACAGCCUCGUUUGUCAACCAGCACACAGAGGACAAGAUUUGGUCCAGCUACACUGAAUACGUCUUCUACCGUGGUCCAUCACGCUGGUCUUCUCCUCCAUGUGACUGCUGCUGCAAGAACCACAAGGGUGAUGGCGAAGGCGAGAGUGGCACUUCGUUCAACGAGCUUUCAACCUCCAGCUCAGAGAGCCAGUCGGAGACCAGCUCUCCCCAGGGAACAGUCAUCAGAGGUCCAGUCACCCGUCAGUCGCACCCUCAUGCCAAGGUCCAGACCCUCGACAGGCCACCUAAGAAAGGCCCAGUUAGCAUGAUUCAGCAGUCUGACCAGCGACGAAAGAGUGACUUGCUGCGCACUCUUACAGCCAGUUCGCGAGACACCAGUGGCUGCAAGAAACGACCCGUAAAAGAAAAGCCAACGGUUCAGGAGGAGCUGCAAAAAUGCAUUCAAGACUUCCACAAGAUCAAGAUCCCAGAGAGGUUUCCUGGAAGGCAGUACGUGUGGCAGACCGACCUGCUGAGAAAGUACCGCCUUUGAGCCUGAAUUUUGGAGGGAAGCAUGGAGGGAGCAAGCAAGCACACGGCCAAGGAUCAGUUUACGUGUUUUUCCAUCAUGAAUCUUUUCAAACAAAAUCAACUUUGAGGAGGACACUUCAUGACAGGAUGUUGAAAGUCAAAAGAAAGAAAUAAUCAUCAAAAAAGGCAGUUGCAAAGGCUCUUGGUAAAUGUAGUAUGUACAGUAUGUGUUUAUAUGUAGUUUAGACCAAGUAAAUACUCUAUGUAUGUGCAGUAACUUGCAGACUGCAUCAGCAUUGGACCAAAACAGCAGAUCAGCUAACUGAUCAAACAACUGAAAUCAUUACUGGUUGCACCUGGUGUUACUGAUGGCUAAUGGAUUGCACGGACUGUAAUCAGCCAUCCUUUUGACAGAAAAAAUUACAAAGCAACAUUUCUGAUCCAACAAAGACAAACACUGAUUUACUGCGUGAUUGUAUGAGUGCGGUGGUGUGUACGUGUGUGUUUGUGCCCAGGUGGCCUGGAGGUCAAAGAUAAAUCUGCAUCGGGACUCAUCAAUAAUUCAUGCAGUUCCAACAGAGCUCUCACCAUAAAUACUCCCUGAGAUCUCUGCUGCCACAGUGGCACAAACAGCUGGGCUGAUUACUUUACUUUUAGGUAACAUUUGGAGAGUCUUGAGCCAGAAGGAGGCACAAUUUCAUCAGCAUAUAAAUUAAUUCCCCUUCUUAGAGGCAGGUUAUGUUGCAAAUGUGCCCCAAGAGCACCAAGCAGCAGCACAUUGCUCUAAUUUUUACAAAGCUGCCUGAAUGUAGAUCAACAGUCAGUUGUGAGGGAUGAGGGAAAGAGAAAAAGCAAAGGUUUGGUAGAACGGAGUAAAACUCCAACAAUUGGAUCACAGUCAUCAUAUUCACAUAAACAAAACAAAAAAAAAUCCUCCUUACUCACACUGAACAAUAAAUCAUGGUAUAAUUAAAGCCUCACUUCGUUUGACAGUGCCAUACAGACAGAAAAGGCUGUACUAGUGGUGUUUUCUAACUCUGCCAACACGGUUCAAGGCCACACUUCCACACUUACUGUUGACAAGCUAAUCAAUAGUUAUUGAUGAUCGGUCUGAUGAAAGAGCUGAUAUAUGUAGUUCUUGUUUACAGUUACUAAUGAAGUCUUUGGGUUUUUAACAAAAAGAUGCAACUCGUGAUUAAUUUACUCUUUUAGUCAUUACUCUUGUAUUUAAGUUAGUAGAGGCAAGGGAAUGUAUUGCAAAGCAGCAACAGACAUUAGUAUAGCAGUGAUCUUUAAUAAAAAAAACUGCUACCAUACUAGAUAAAUAAAGUUACUUUACCUUUUUAUUGCAAUUAUAAUGGAAAACACUAAAGUCCAAUUUAAAUUAUGUGGUUUAAAAUUGAUGACAGUCAGCUGGUAAAAGUUUUUGUAUUUAUUUAAAAAAAAAAAGUCUUUGUCAAACUAAUUAUUUUCUUUUUGCCAGAGUACAUUUCACUUACUGGGUCAUCUGAAGAGACAUUUCAUCAAAAAUAAAAAUAAAAAUAGAGAAUAUGCCCCAUUAUUGAGAUUUUUGAAUGAUUGCAUUAAAGUAGUUGGCUGCAGUUAACUCUUGAUAUGUUAUAUUCUCUAAAGUAUUUUCUUGUCCCCUUUCAAACAUGAACUUAAGUUACAUUCCACUCUUAAUGAUAUUUAGAAACAUCUUGCACAGCAUAACAUAGUAACAGAAGCUACUGAGAGGAGGAUAGUUGGUCCUUUAAAAGACUUCAAACAGCUGCAGGACUCCAGAGGAAUUGGUCAAUAAGAUGACAUCAACAUUAACCAUUACUACACUGAGAGUAAGUGUGGAAAUUUAUGCUUUAUAGAAAAUGCAGAAAUCCGCAAAUACUUUACGUUAAAUAAAUAGAAUCAAAAUCUGUGACCAAAAAUUGUCAAUCAAGAAAUCCCUAGACAACGGCAAUACACUUAAUAUUAAACAGUGAGAACAACAAUGAAACGAAAUACUGUUGGUCCCCAGCUAACUGCGCAUGAAAAAAGAAAUGAAGCACUCAGAGAAAGGCUCCUAAAAUGACAUAAAUAUGGAAUAAAUGUAGUGUCUGUUGGAGGAUAUUUUAGGUGUCAUCAAGGUAUCUGUGUUGUGUGUAAGUAAAAAAAAAAAUCUUCAAAGAACAGCAAUAUAUUUGGAAAAGAACUAAUAGAAAUCUGACAUAAAUUAUUUUAUUGCUUUUGAACUUUAAUAUUCUUAAAGUUGAAAUGAUUUGGGUUUUGAAAUGAUUAAAAAUGUUUGUUAUUCUUUUAUUAUUUCAAAGCACGCAUUAUUAAAACACAUAUAACAAACUUACUAAAUACUUAUCUAGAUAUAGGUUUAUUUAAAAAAUGCCCCUACAAAUGCUUUAUUACUAUAGUUAUUUUUAUAUUCAAAGGACUUUUAUUUCAAUAUAAUUACUGAAAUGUUCUCAUGCUGGCCACAAAAUGAAUUUAAUGUGAGAGUUUGCAGAGAGCUAUUAUUCACAGAUGCCCAUUUAUCAGCUCAGAUUUAUAGUAAUUUAUAGUAGGGCUCAGGAAACGUGUUGCAGUAGGUUCCAAAUGAGAAACAGCCACUCUCCUCAUGUUAAAUGCGAGGUAUAAUAAGGCUUAUUUUUCUAUGUUUUCAGAAUAUUUCAGUUUUACUUUAAUGUAUUUUAUAAUUUUUGUUUAAAGACCAAUUCUUUUCACCUGGGCUACAUGUCAUAUGUAAAUAAGCACAAUAAAUCAUAUUCAAGUAGAACAAUGUAAUAUACUGUGUAUAUAAAACAUCUCGAUCCGCAGGGCGCUGCUGCUCUGUUAUCUCAGUGAUCCAGUAGUCCGCUUAAAAUGUGUAUGACGCUCUUUGUUUUGGCAUGUAAUGCUUGGCCAUCACAGGUGAAAGAAAAUGAAUUGCAUAUCUGUAUAUUACAACAAAUUUUCUGUCAUUUCAUUUAGGACAACAGUAUUAAAGGGAACAGUCAGCUUUUUGUCUCCGAAUGCUGCAGAAAAAGUCAAAUAUCAGUAAGAUAUUUCAAUAAUCAGAUUUUAUGUAAGCUGAAUUGUUCAAAAAGGAUAAUUGACUAAAAGUAAGUUUAAAUUUGAAAUGUGAAAGUAAAUGCAAGCUGAACAGGAAGAAAUUGUAUGGUGCUGAACGUGUUUUACAGUGAUUUAUCAGUAGGUCUUCUAUAUUUUAGUCCAAAGCAUCAGUCAUGGAUUAUGCAGCCAUAACUGCGUGGAAAAACCUUUUCAGUAAAGUUGGAAUGCAAUAAAAGUGCAUUGUCAGGGAAAAAUAAUAGUGAAAAACCAUCUGCACAAAAGAAUAACAGCAACCAAGUGUACUCAAAACCAACAAGGAUAAAAUGAGUAAUUUUGUUGAGUUCUUGUGACUACUCAAUACAUUCAAUAGUCAUGUUUGCUGUUCUUCUUUCUGCAUGAAAUGAAACAGUAAUGUCAAGCUAAAAUUCAAUAAGUUGAACCUAUUUCAUGUUGCUAGCAUCCACAUGUUUUUUUUUUCCACAGUAGAGUACAUAUUAUGUAGGGCCUUUUGAAAAAACAUCUUAAUUUUUUUGAUAAAUAUACAUGUACAAGACAGAAGAGAAGGAAAAAGGAUCAAAUUUCUUCUCCUAAGGCCCAGAAUUGUCAGCAAUAUUGAAUACAGUGUCAAGGAACAGGUUUUUUGACAUCGUUCCUGUCAAUACCUUUGAAACUCUCUGCAAGCUCAUAGAACUAUAAUAUAAAACAUGUGAUCAAUAUGACUCAUUUUAUGUCACAUGCCAGCUGACAUUAAACAUAUGUUUUCAAUAAUUCAACGGGUGAACAUACAUAUUAGUUUGUUUGUUCUGAAGCACAACUGAAAAAAUAUUCAGGAUCAAUUAUUUGAUCACUGGAUUAAAAACCACUUAAUUUUAGUUCAAUCUUCUGUUACCUGAACUUCCAUCAAUAUUGUUUAAUGCUUGAAUUCACAUAUCUGACAAGCAUAAAGGUUCAAACACACAUUACAUUACAGGGAGAGAUGUCUGAUUGUCUCAGAGAGAAAGGUUGCAUAGCUUUUAGCUCAUAUGGAGUUUAGAAAAUAUUAAUACCCCUUAUAUAUUUUUUUCAGAUUUCACAUAAACACACAGUUAUCUGUACUUAUUUAUUUAUGUUUGCUUGUACAGAAUAGUGUAUCAUUGUAAAAUAAUACACUAUGACAAAUAAAAAUCUGAAAAGUGUGGUGUGAAUAUGUAUUCAGUACCCUACUCUGACAUCCCUGGAUAAAACUCCUUCAUAAGUUAUUUAAUUAGAGAUUAGAGUCUGAUAUGUUAUUUCAUCUCAGUAUAAAUUGAGCUUUUUUUAAGGUCUCAAAGGUUUUUUUGAAGAACCUUAGUGCACAAACAAAUGACACAUCAGAUAGGUCAGGGAGAAGCUAUAGAGAAUUUUAAAGCAAUGUUAGGUUAUACAAUUAUUACCCAGCCUUUCAACAUGGAGCCAAGUUGAAACUAACAUCACCAAAUGGAGAGCAUGACAAAUCUGCAAACCUAUCAAGGCAUAGCCAUCCAUUUAAACUCAGAGGCCUUGCAAAGGGAGCAUGAAUCACAGGAGCAGCAAAGAGGCGCGUAGUAACUCUGAAGGAGGAGCAGGAACUCAUAACCCAGGUAAUGCAGACUACCUGCAAGACUUUGGGAAACAUUAUGUGUGGUGGAAAAAGAAUUCUCUGAACACACCAUACUUAACAUAAUUGGUGGUGUAAUUUUGGGAUAAAUCUAAAUGUAAAUGAGAAUUGUUUGGUAAAACUUUAAAAGUAAUGCUCACAAACACUCUCCAUCCAGUGUGACUAAGCUUUAGUUAUACUGUCAAGAAAACGGAUAAUUAUUUCAGUUUCUAAAUGUUUAAAGCUGACUAUGACAAGUGUUUAAUAAGGAAGGAGUUGGCAGAAAUCAGGUGCACACCACACUGUUCAGAGUUAAAAAAAAUUGUAAGUUUUGAAAGCCAUGUACUAUUUUCCUUCCCAUUCAAAGUUAAAUGCUACUUGUCUACAUAAAAAUGUAUUAAUUUUUGCAGUUGUCUCCUGCUGGAAUGUGGAAAAACAUCAGGGUGUAUUGAUAGUUUUGCAAGGCUCUGUAAAACUGCAAAGUUGCAUUUGGCUUUCUUGCACAGUUCAUUUUCAGUCCAUGUUUAACAGGAAAAAAUAAGCUGCUACCAGGAUCUGUGUUUGCUUGACUCUGCUGCUUCUUCUUCUUUUGUUUUGCUUUGAUACAUUCUAGAAACAAGGUCAUCCAUGCAGCUGAAAGUAAAAGUCAUUUGUAAACAUACGAAUGAUUGAAAAUUUAAACGAACGUUUGACACCUGGUGGCCUUCUAGAGUUGUCUAUAGCUGUUUUUGCACAAUGUAUAGAAUAAUCUACAACACACAAACAGGGAAGUAUUUGAAAGCAAAGAGUUGCAUCCAUGUCCAGCACAUCAGCACAGACCCAACUCAUAUCUAUCUUCAAACAUUUUGAGUGCAUGAGAUUAUAUGAGGUUCUUUCUGCUUGAAAUUAUACUGAUUAAUGUAAAUUAGUAAAUCACGUGUGCAAUUUAUGUCUUAGGACAAAUGUGAUGUUUGAAAAUGAGGAGAGCCUGAACCAAUGUAAAGUUUGCCAGUUUAUGUUAUUUUGCAGUACUUUUUAUGUCUCAAACUGAUUUCCUCCCCUAACGUUUUGGCCAUGGCCUUUAAAUGAAACCCAAGCACAUGACUGAAGCCCUUGCUUUGUUUAUGCUGCCUUUGACGACCCUGCCAGGCAAAAAAAGGAAGUCAUAAUAUUCCAACAUCACAAUGGCAGACCUGGAGUCGUGUGUUUGAAGCAAAAGGGUGUGUUUUGAUGUAUGUUGAUGUGACACACAUUACAAAAAGAAAAAAAGCAACAAAACAUUGUGAGCAUGUUGGUAUAAACUUAUGACAGAUUUAAAUUAGUCUGUUCUUGUGAAAUGAGUAUGUGACAAACGAAUAUUUGACAGAAAAGAGAACAUUUAAAAAAAAAGAUAAGCACAAAUGUGUCGAUUGUUGCUGUUCCUCCACUGGUGUAUAAAGUUCUUAAUAAAACAACUCUGCAACAUGACUAAACUCCUGCAAAACAAAGCAACUCUCACGGCAAGCUUGAUGUUAAUAGAAACUUGUUACACUACAAAUCAUCAUAGAACUUUUAAACAUUAUUUGCUAACUGUAGCAUUUCAUAACCCUGUCUUUAAAAAUAUUAAUUUUUUCCUUUGAACUGUGGAUAAAAGUAAUUCAACACAGUAAAACUGAAUUUCAAGAAGUCUGACAUCUGUGCUGAGAGUUGCUCUGUAUUUAAGGUGUUAUGUUCUGUUUCUAUGUCUGCCUUUAUAGACAGUACAAUUCAUUUGAAAGUCUUUAGAUAAAAAGCUGUCAUUUUGAAAUGUAUGAGUACAACCAAUAAACAAGAUGAACUAUA